AUGUUCACACCAAAGGGCACACAGGGACCGAAGGGUUCACCGUUGAGUAAGUCAACACCAAAACCUAAAGGAAAUCCGCUGAGGGAGUUGAUGGGCAGCGAAGCGGAGGUGGUUGGCGCGGAGAAAAACACCACCGCUUUCAGCCCCGCAGCAUUUGCGAAGCUAAAACCUGUAGCACAGAAAUCCGCUGCCUCGGAGCAAGAUAAUCGCAGGAACGGAUCGCAGGGAACCAAUUCACGCGAACAGGUGUCAGAGGAACGCAUCUGA